ACGCCCAUGCGUGGAGGGGUGCGGCUGCGCAGCACAGAGAGUGUUGUCCUAGCGCCCCUCCCCUCUCCUCCGCUCGGUAGCCCGCCGGGCGGGACCGGAGAGUCUCGGACAAGCCUAAAGCCAGGAACGGUUUCAGGAGGACCCUGGUCUGCACCUGUGGUUGCCAGGUAGGUGGAUGUGAGAGGCCCGAUCCUCCUGGUUCUCUAGAGGCCAUCUCAUCGCUGCUGGCACCAUGCUGUCCCCUCAGAGGGCUUUACUCUGCAACCUGAACCAUAUCCACCUCCAGCACGUCUCCCUGGGCCUGCACUUGUCCCGCCGUCCCGAGCUACGGGAGGGGCCCUUGAGCACGCCUCCUCCCCCAGGAGACACCGGGGGCAAGGAGAGCAGGGGCCCCUGCAGUGGGCCUCUGGUGGACGCCAAUUCCAACAGCCCAGCUGUGCCCUGCCGAUGCUGCCAGGAGCAUGGGCCAGGCCUAGAAAACCGGCAGGACCCAUCGCAGGAGGAGGAGGGGGCUGCCUCUCCUUCAGACCCUGGCUGCUCCUCUUCUCUCAGCUCCUGCUCAGAUCUUAGCCCCGAUGACUCCCCAGUCUCCGUCUACUCGCGGGACCUCCCAGGUGAUGAGGAAGCCCAUCCUCAGCCCAGUAUCAUCCCCCUGGAGCAGGGCUCCCCACUGGCUUCAGCAGGCCCUGGCACCUGCUCCCCAGACAGCUUCUGCUGCUCUCCCGAUUCCUGCUCCGGAGCUUCCUCACCACCCGGCCCUGGCCUGGACUCGAACUGCAACGCCCUGACCACCUGCCAGGACCUCCCUUCCCCAGGCCUGGAGGAAGAGGAUGAGAAUGGGGAGCAGGACUUCCCUACCUCCGAGCUCUUAGAGGUGGAUGAUGGGAAAAUCGAUGCUGGGAAAACGGAGCCCAGUUGGAAAAUUAACCCCAUUUGGAAAAUUGACACAGAGAAAACUGACGCUGGAUGGAAAAUCACUGAGAACAAUAACUCUGGUUGGAAAAUCAACGAAAAUACUAACUCUAGCUGGAAAACUGAACCAGGAAAAUUCAACUCUGGUUGGAAAACCAACACAGGAAUAAAUGAUUCUGGCUCGAAAACAGAUGCAGGGAAAAUUGAUGGGGGAUGGAGAAGUGACGUCAGCGAGGAGCCGGUGCCCCACCGGACAAUCACGUCCUUCCACGAGCUGGCCCAGAAGCGCAAGCGGGGCCCGGGGCUGCCCCUCCUGCCCCAGGCCAAGAAAGAUCGCAGUGACUGGCUCAUAGUCUUCUCCCCAGAUACGGAGCUGCCCCCCACCGGGUCUCUGGGCAGCUCCUCUGCACCUGCCCGGGAAAUCACUACCUUCAAAGAACUCCGGUCCCGAAGCCGGGUCCCGCCCCCGCCAGUCCCGCCUCGAGACCCCCCAGCUGGCUGGGCUUUGGUCCCGCCCCGGCCCCCACCCCCACCCAUCCCUCCCCGGAGGAAGAAGAACCGACCUGGGCUGCAGCCCAUAGCGGAGGGGCAGCCGGAGGAGGGCAGGGCGGUUAGCCCCGCGGCUGGCCAGGAGGCGCCAGCCGCGAAGGAGCCGGAGGAACCCAGUGAGCAGGCUGGUGUCGAGGCCGGUCCCCUCCUGCUCCCUCGGCCUCUGUUUUUCCGGUUCUCGGCCGACGGGCGCCCCCUGUUGGAGGGUGGGGGUGCGGGCGCAGCUGGGUCUCUGCUCCUGGCGCCUCUGGCUGCGUGGCCUGGCGCGGGGCUGCGGCUGCUGGGGGCGGCAAGCCCCCCAGAGGAGCAGCUGCUGCCUGUCCGCCUGUCCCCGGUGGGAGCCUAUUCGCCUCCGACUCGGGGAGCCCUGCCCUGCCUGGCCAGCCCCGAGCUGGCACUGCUGCUAUCCCCGCUCUUUCCCAGAAGUAGCACCUUCCCCGCCACGGCUCCCCCACCCCGCCAGGUACCCGCCCCCCCGCUGCCACCGCCACCUCGUCCGCCGAAGGCCCCUCGCUGGAUCAGGAGCCCACCGCCUCUGCCCAGGCUACUCCGUAGUUCUUGGUCGUUCGCCGGUGUCCCCGGGGCCCAGCGGAUGUGGAUGGCAGAAGCCCAGAGUGGGACUGGCCAGCUACAGGAGCAGAAAAAAGGUCUUCUGGUAGCCGUGAGCGCCUCAGUGGAUAAAAUCAUCUCGCACUUCGGGGCCGCCCGGAACUUGGUUCAGAAGGCCCAGUUGGGGGAUAGCCGGCUGAGCCCGGACGUGGGGCACCUGGUGCUGACCACCCUCUGCCCGGCGCUCCACGCCCUGGUGGCGGAUGGGCUGAAGCCUUUCCAGAAGGACCUCAUCACCGGGCAGCGCAGGAGCAGCCCCUGGAGCGUGGUGGAGGCGUCGGUGAAGCCAGGCUCCAGCACCCGCUCCUUGGGGACUCUGUACAGCCAGGUCAGCCGUCUGGGCCCGCUGAGCAGCAGCCGCAGCCGCUUCCAUGCCUUUAUCCUGGGCCUCCUCAACACUAAGCAGUUGGAGCUGUGGUUUUCCAGUCUCCAGGAAGAUGCAGGCCUGCUGUCCCUCCUGUAUCUGCCCACAGGAUUCUUCUCCCUGGCCCGGGGCAGCUGUCCCUCCCUGUCCACAGAGCUGCUGCUCCUGCUGCAGCCAUUGUCAGUGCUCACCUUCCACCUGGACCUCCUCUUUGAGCACCACCACCACCUGCCCCUGGGCCCGCCUCAGGCCCCUGCCCCUCCAGGCCCACCUCCAGCCCUGCAGCAGACUGUGCAGGCCAUGCUGCACUGGGGCGGGCGGGUUGCCCAGAGCCUUCGGGGAGCUUCCAGGGAGGUUGUCCCGGACCCCUCAGCCCCCGCAAGCCCUUCUAUACCAGGCAGCUGGUGGGAGCAGCUGACCCAGGCCUCCCGGGUCUAUGCCUCUGGGGGCACGGAGGGCUUCCCUCUUCCCCGGUGGGGACUCGGGCAUCAUGGGACUGCAGCUGAAGGUGUGCGAGAGCGAUGCCCUGCAGAGGCAGCAGCACCAGGCAGAGGCGUGUGGCUGGGGAGACUAUUUGGAGUGCCUGGGGGCCUUGCAGAAAAUGAGAGUGGAGCCCUGAAGUCCAGGAGGCCAUCUAGCUGGCUGCCCCCAACAGUGAGUGUGUUGGCUCUGGUGAGGCGGGGGGCGCCUCGUGAGAACCCUCCUGAGGAGCUGUUGGCCUCAGUGCCCAGCAUGGUGCAGACCCACAGGGCAGUUCGGGCUCUGUGUGACCACACUGCUACAGGACCUGACCAGUUGAGCUUCCAGUGCGGGGAUGUGCUGCGUGUCAUCGCCACAGUGGAUGAAGACUGGCUCCGCUGUGGGCGGGAUGGCGUGGAGGGGCUGGUGCCUGUAGGGUAUACCUCCCUUGUUCUCUAGCCCUGAGCCUUGCCUUUCCUGCGUAUGUCUCCCUCCUGUCACCUGGGAAUGGAAUGGCCCGUGAACACUAAUCCUUGUAAACCUACCAUCCCAGAAGCAUUUUCCUUGUUGACAAAAUGACAUUUCUUCCCAUACCCAUUUCUGCCAAUAUUUAAAAUAAACUUUCCUUCUUUCCUCCCAUGCCCAUCUGCAAGGUGAAAUCUGGUCUUCUUCCAAAUAUAUAAAAAGGAAUUGCCCUCUGAGCAAUCCCUUUCCUUUUUCCCAUCUGUAUAAGGAACGUCUUCCUUCCUAUCUACAGAAUGGAAAUCUAGCCCUCCUCUUUCUUCAUGCGUAAGUGGACUGUGCCGGUACGGUAUAUGCCUUGGCCCCCCCAAGCCUAGAAAGGCCUCUAAUCUCCUUCCUGUGUAUGGAAUCUUCCCCACUCUACCCCCCCAGUUGCCUGUAUUGAUGAUGUACUCCUGCUGUACUAGGUGCUGAAGCCUAGACACCCCUGGUGGAUGGGUCUGUGGUAAUGGUCUGCCUCUUUUGUCCCAAUAAAGUGUGGGAGUUGAAUGUG